UAACUGCUUAGGUUUUCAACUAAAAUCGUUGUGCCAUUUCACAACGCAGCACAUCUGCUAUAGGAAACGUAUCAGGCAGAUAUCUGCACUAAAAAUGUCACCAAUAAUGAGAAAUUUCUUAGUUUUGGCGAUAUGUGCCAAUCUUGGCACUAUGAUAGCUGCCGCAGAUGUGGUAUUGGGUACUAUCGAUCCCGAAGACAUGGUUGUCUAUAGUCAGAACAUAACCAUGCGGAAAAUUCCUGGCAGGGUGCAAGAGGCGCUAGUCAACUACAAUCCUUGGUUUGCUAAGCCUGUCAUCUCUGGUGUUGUGGCCGAAAACAGACGCAAAGAUAAAACCCUUAAUGAGGAGCCCACUCUCGAAAUCGUCAAGGGUGGCAUUGGCGAGAAAUCCAUUAAGCUGAAGGUCAAGUCCCAAGAAGGUAAAGGCAUGCGUGUUUUGGUUAAAGUCUUUGGCAAAUACUCUGAGGGAACCACCAAAAAUAUCAAAACCCUACAAAAGAAACUGGAGAACUCCAAAGUCCUGGAUAAGAUUAAAAAAUAUUAGAAAUAAAUAAAAAUAAAAGCAAAUGUUUUUUAUAGUCAUAAAAUAAAUUGAAAUGAAUUGCCCAAAAAGUAA